CAUCCAACACAGAAACAACUCAGUCCUUGUACCUUCCGGAGUGAAGGAGGCAGAGAGAGAGAGAGAGAGAGGCACGGAAUCUGCUGACACACUCUCUCGGGCUGUUCAACAGUGGUCUCGUUCGGAGUUUUUGUUUCAUUUUUUUUUUAAAAGAGAAGUUUGAUCCUUGGAUUCUCUAAUCCAAGAACUCCAGGAGAAACGCCUUGAGGAGAAGAUAAAGUGAUCUCCCUCUCUCAUCUCUCCGGGGUCUGCCUGAUGGCCAGGUUUUUGGGGAGAAACUGACCAGGUCGGUUAAUUACAUCAUACAGGUUAAACCCAGAACAAUGCAAAGAUAACAUUGAAUCAGCACUUGUCCGGGACUGAGGAACAGUAGAAUGUCGCCUCCAGAUUCUCCCAGUUUGAAAACAGACACGGAUUAAGAGCAGGAUGUUCCACAAAACCAGUGGGUGGAGCUUUCACCGAAGUUGGAGCUUCUGGAGCUUUCUCUGCCAUUUGGCUACUUUCGCAAUCUGCCUUGAUCCCACAGCAGUGUUGGGCUGCUCAAAAUGCACAGAAACUUUAACCAGACCCACCGGACAGUUCGCAUCCCCUUGCUUCCCCCGGGAGUAUAUUUCUGAUUUAAGUUGCCAGUGGACAAUCCGAGCCCCUCCUGGAUUUAUCAUACAGUUGACCUUUCAUGAGUUCGAGUUAGAGGAAGCACAAAGAUGUCUGUACGACUUUGUAUCAAUAAACACUGGGGCCGAGCUCAUAGAAUUUUGUGGUGUCACAGCUAAGGGCCUCACGUUGAACUCUACGGGGAAUGAAAUGAUUGUUACGUUCAAGACUGACUUUAGCAUCCAAAAGAAAGGCUUCAGGGUCACCUACUUGCAAGUGGCGGUCUCACUGCGGAAUCAGAUGCUGGUGUUUUCGAAGGCUUCCCAUAGCCAGGCCGUUGCAGUCUCCCCUUCUGUCACCAUCCCAGAGCUGCAGCAGUUCACAGUAUGCCUGGAGGUCAAGGCAGCCAAAGUGAAGAAGGAGUGGACGUUGUUCGUGUACAUGGACAGCAGUGACAAGGCGCAGAUCAAGUUCGAGAAAGACGGCAAAGACAUUCACCUGCAAGUUUCCGAUGUGGUGUGUGACGUGGGCGAGCUCUGGGAUGAGCACUUCUCCGACAAGGUGAUCACUGACACUUGGCAGGGGCUGUGCCUUGCCUGGGAUGGCAUGUCUGGCGAUAUCAUCACCCAAACCCAAGACAAGUUCCAGCUCAACCCCUGCCCAGCAUCUCAGAACAAGGUCGUUGCAGGAAGUGGCACCCUCUCACUGGCACCAAAAGUGACUCCAGCCAGCAACACCUACAGAGGUGAGCUCUACAACGUCCGGCUCUGGAACUUCAGCAUGUCCAGUCAGGCACUGCUAGACCUAACCUGUGACGAGAAGGGGAAUGUUGUGGACUGGGACAACUCAUUUUGGGAUAUUCCUGUUGAUGUGCUGGAACCCAACAGUGACCUGAGCUGUGCUACUGCAUCACCUACCCAAAUGACCAUCAAACCCACCUACUGUUCGACCCCAGGUUCUGGAUGUCAAGUGACAACAUCAUCCCAUUUCAGCACUGCUAUCACUAACAUGCACGGCACUAACAGCCCUGAGCCCUCCACUUCUGGCACAACCCCUCCAUUCACGGAAAUCACAUCGCCAGGAACAACAGAAGCUGCAGCACUGAGGGGACUUUUAUACAUGACGCAGUUUACAGUCCACGACCUGAAUGGGGAUAUGGACACAGCAGAUCUGGAGCAAAGAAUAUCAACUUGGCUCACUGAGUCUUUGCAGAAUUGGAAUUACUCUGUAUACGUGGAAAGUGUCAGGAUUCUUCAAAACAACAAAACUGCACCUCACCGCAUUUCCAGAUCAAUCGAAACCACAAGCUAUGUGUGCUUGGCAAUCCUGUAUUACAAUAUUACCAAAAAUAUCUACCUUGAGGAGAGGAUAGUGCAAGAAAGGCUGAGAAACGCAUCUUCAGUCAUCGGAAAUAACCUUUCCAUAGACUCCAUUCAGGUGCAACCCGUAGUGAACUGCUCAACAGAAGAAGAACCGGCUCAAUAUAUUUGGAAAGCAACCAGGCCAAGGACUACCCAACAUCUGCCCUGUCUCUCAAAUCAAGGACAAUAUGCAAGCAGAAGCUGCCUUUUAAACAUGCAGGACUACACAUCUUUCUGGGAGCCACCCGACUUGAGAAACUGUUCGCUGGUUACAAACAGCAGCACCUUGGAAAACAUUCCAUCUGUUUCAGCAGACAAUGCAGCAGAAGUGGCCAGUCAGCUCCUCGAUUUCUCUGCGGAUAGGAAUCUCACCCAGGAUCAAGUGGUUAAGCUAGUGGAGACUCUGAAUCAGAUUGUGAUCGUGUCGGACAUCAACUCCACCUUGGCAUCCACAGUGCUGACGGUUCUGUCCAAUAUCCUUUCAAGCUCAGACGAGGCACUGGCCACAUCUUCCCAAGUAGCUUUGAGGACCCUAGAUGCAUUGACUGUCAAGAUGAUCUUCAGUGGGCCUUCAGUGAGUAUCAGCACCCCAAACGUAGCCAUAGGGAUCUCCGCUGUCAACUCCACAAAUUACACCGGCACUUCCUUCAGUGUGGCAUCUCAGAAUGGAGACUCGGAGCUGGAGCCUAAUUUUGACGGGGAUCCACAUGGUGAGGCCCUGGCAGGAAUCGAGUUGCCCCCUGGCCUUUUCGAGCGUCUGACAGCUGAUGAGCUCAGCCUGGUGUCGAGGACUCAGUUCGCUUUCUUCAGUAAAACAGGACUCUUUCAGGAUUCAGGAGCAUUUAAGCUCCUGAGUUUUGUGAUUGCCAGCAGUGUGGGAAAUAUCAGCAUCAGCAACCUCUCUGACCCAAUCAGGAUCCGAAUUAAACACAGGCAGCAUGAGGAGGAUAUUCAACCACAGUGUGCCUUCUGGGAUUUAACAUUGAAGAAUGGCAGUGGGGGCUGGAAUAUUCGAGGUUGUCGAGUAGAUUCAGAUUCCAGUGUGAACGAAACUAUUUGCUUGUGUGAUCACCUCACACACUUUGGAGUCCUUCUGGACAUCUCAGGAACUGCACAACAAAUAGAUCUUCUCAAUACAAAGAUUCUGACCUUCAUCACUCAUAUAGGAUGUGGUAUCUCAGCCAUUUUUUCAGCGACAACACUUUUAACAUACGUGGCCUUUGAGAAGCUGCGACGGGAUUACCCAUCCAAGAUUUUGAUGAACCUCAGCACUGCACUUUUCCUUCUCAACCUAACGUUCCUGAUUGAUGGCUGGAUUGCAUCAUUCAACAUUCCUGGAUUGUGCAUUGCUGUUGCUGCAUUCCUUCACUUCUUCCUGCUUGCCUCCUUCACCUGGAUGGGAUUGGAGGCUGUUCACAUGUACAUAGCCCUGGUGAAGGUCUUUAACACAUACAUACGAAAGUACAUGCUCAAAUUCUGUAUCAUUGGAUGGGGUUUACCGGCAGUCGUGGUGGCAGUUGUUCUAGCAAUCGAUGAGGAGUUCUACGGGGUGAAGCUGUACGGGGAAGAAUUGGAAAACGGAGGCUCUGAGUUCUGUUGGAUUGCCCAUCGUGUCGUUUUCUACAUCAGCUGCGUGAGCUAUUUUGUGAUCAUCUUCCUGGUGAACAUAGCCAUGUUUAUCGUGGUGUUAAUGCAGAUCUGUGGAAGGAAUGGCAAGAAAAGCAACCGUAACAUGAGGGAGGAAAUCCUGCGUAACCUGCGAAGUGUCAUCAGUUUGACCUUCCUGCUGGGGAUGACCUGGGGGUUUGCGUUUUUCGCCUGGGGACCGGUGAAUUUGGCUUUCAUGUACCUGUUUGCAAUCUUCAACUCGUUGCAAGGCUUCUUCAUCUUCAUGUUUCACUGCGCCCUGAAAGAGAACGUACAGAAGCAAUGGAGGCGCUAUCUAUGCUGCGGCAAAUUUCGACUACCAGAAAAUUCCGACUGGAGCCGAACGAUCACAAACAACACCAAGAAAGUCAGCUCCGAAAACCUGGGAAAAUCACUGUCAUCCAGUUCCAUCGGCUCCAACUCCACCAGCUGGACAAGUAAAUUUAAGUCUGGUUCCAGCUUCUUUAAAAACAGCAGCAAGGGAGGCCUCUUUGCGGCUGUGACAUCGUCAAAGUUUGACCAUCUGGAUGCCCAUCGGGAGCCUGUCAUUCCCAUCCAUAACGCCCUGGACAAGGUCACAUGUCAAUACCCAACCCACUCCAACAACUUCUACAAGAACAUCAUGAUGUCCGACAGCUUCUGCCACAGCACGAAAUUCUGAUAACCAAAAACACGGCACACACAAGCAACAAGAGAGGAAUGCCCCAGAGGGAGAUGGGCCCCAGCCGUGUCUGUGUGUGUGUCUGUGUGUGUGUGUGUCUGUGUGUGUGUGUGUGUGUGUGUCUGUGUGUGUGUGUAUCUGUGUUUGUCUGUGUGUGUGUUUG